GAAAUGGCCUCUUUCAUUUGGAAAUGAGUUUAACGUAAAACUUUCCGUAGCUGUCUGGUGGCUGAAUGUGUCUGCGGCAGCUGGGUGACCAAAGCAUCAGAGGAUCGUGCCUCAGAAAAAGGGGGCGGAGAGGAGAGAGGCGAGGAAGGGGCGGAGGUCACCCAGACCUCCACCCCGCGGAGACUGCGAGCAUCUCUAGGUGCCUCGAAGUCCUGGAAACAGUAAGUCCUGCCGGUGAUCCAGCGCGCAAAGGGUACCAGGGAGGUGCGAGCCGUGGAACCUGAGGUUGCCGCUGUCCGCUGCUGGGUGCGUCAAGGCACGCGGGGCUCAGCUCUCUUCUGCUCCGGACACAGCCACUCAGUGACCCAGGAUGCCGAGAUGUCUGCAAUUCGAGACUGCACAGCUGUGAUGGAGAGGUGACUUGAGGGAACAGCUUCCAUUUCGACAACGAUGUCCAUGAACAGUUCCAAACAGCCAGUGUCUCCUGAAGCAGGGCUCGUCGCGAACACAACCUGCCACACAGAAAACCGGCUCUCAGUAUUUUUCUCGAUAAUUUUCAUGACAGUGGGGAUCUUAUCCAACAGCCUGGCCAUCGCCAUUCUCAUGAAGGCAUAUCAGAGAUUCAGGCAGAAGUCGAAGGCUUCCUUUCUGCUCUUGGCUAGUGGCCUGGUGAUCACAGACUUCUUUGGCCAUCUCAUUAAUGGAGGGAUAGCUGUCUUUGUGUAUGCUUCUGAUAAAGACUGGAUCCGCUUUGAUCAAUCAAACAUCCUGUGCAGUGUUUUCGGAAUCUCCAUGGUGUUUUCUGGCUUGUGCCCACUUUUUCUAGGCAGUGCAAUGGCCAUUGAGCGCUGUAUCGGGGUCACCAACCCCAUAUUCCAUUCUACGAAAAUUACAUCUAGACACGUGAAAAUGAUCCUGAGCAGCGUGUGCAUGUUCGCCAUUUUCGUGGCUCUGCUGCCCAUUCUUGGGCACCGAGAGUAUAAGAUUCAGGCAUCCAGAACCUGGUGUUUCUACAACACAGAGCACAUCGAAGACUGGGAGGACAGAUUCUACCUCCUGUGCUUCUCUCUCCUGGGCCUCCUUGCUCUCGGUGUUUCGUUCUCGUGCAAUGCCGUGACCGGAGUUACACUUUUACGGGUGAAGUUUAAAAAUCAGCAGCACAGACAAGGCAGGUCUCACCACCUGGAGAUGGUCAUUCAGCUCCUUGCCAUAAUGUGCGUCUCCUGCGUCUGCUGGAGUCCCUUUCUGGUAACGAUGGCCAACAUUGCGAUCAAUGGAAAUAACUCCCCAGUGACCUGUGAAACGACACUCUUUGCUCUCCGAAUGGCAACAUGGAAUCAGAUCUUAGACCCUUGGGUCUACAUCCUGCUCCGGAAGGCUGUCCUUAAGAACCUGUAUAAGCUUGCCAGUCGUUGCUGUGGGGUACACAUCAUCAGCUUGCACAUCUGGGAGCUCAGCUCCAUCAAGAACUCCUUAAAGGUUGCUUCUAUCUCUGAGUCACCAGCUGUGGAGAAGGACGGCCAGCAAGCAUCUCGUGAAGCUGGACUCUAUGGUUGGUAAACUUCUGCAAUGAACAACACCAUGCAUUUCAACUGAGAAGGGACUGAGAAGGGACUGAGAAGGGACUGCUUCCCGAGAACCCAGCACUCUCCCUGUGGGCUCUAAUGCAGAUGGAAUUGUUCCUCUAUUGCCAUGAUGUCACCUUGGCCUUGUGUGUCUACAGUGAGACCAUCUUGUAACACCACCCUGUAGUAGGGGCAAGCCUCCACUCUGUACGUAUUCUGGAAGAUUUAUCCGUACUACCUGAGCAUACUUUUACGGCAAUUUAACCGAUCUUGAGCUAAGGCUAAACCCCCAGUAUAAAUGUCAAAAAUUGAAAAACGUUCCGUAUUAUACCUGUUUGUCAUUGUAGAUGUUGUAUACAGCUUAGCAGUUUAUGAUGUAAUGAGUAAUAGAGGAAGCAUUCGCUGAUAGCUUCCACAGACCCAAGUAAAAAUGUGUUUGUUCUUAUUUGACAUAAUAAAUAGUAGAAAUAGUUUCAACAA